AUGUACAUUGUACUGGAACCGGAGCGACCGCAUCUGGAAGAAAGUGGAGUGGGUGAUGACUUUAUCAGUUUGGUGCUAACGCCAGGUCAGUUUGACAAGAAUGAAGAACGACCGGUUGGCAGCAGUUUGUAUGUCAAAUAUCGAAGAGCUGGUGAUGAUGAGUGGGAGACGAUAAUACCAAGAGGUAAAUAUGUCUUUUUACCUGUUUCUUCAUCAUCUGUUGUGAUUUCCGCCGGGAAGAGCAUUUAG